UAGUACUUGCGAGGAGGACGACCAAUUCCUAGAAGAUAUCGAUGUUUCAUGGCCGCUUGAAAGUGAAGAGGUGGAAACUUUUCCAAUGGAUACAGAUAUACAAAGAGAAGAGGAGGAUGACGAGGAUGAUGAGGACGAUAAUCUGCCUUUGGGAGUAGUCCGAAAGAAAAUGAGAAGCCAUUCGGAACAGGGAAGCCACGCAACGGUUUGCCAAAUAAAAGAACAGGAGCACUCUGAAAAGAAAGAGGAGUGGGUAGCGGUAGGCUACUCCAGAGAUUUAAAGUACAUAGGGAAAGUUGUGAGUGAGGAGGAAACCACACUAACGGUCAGGUUCCUGGAACGAAGAGAUGGAACGUAUGAAAUUAAAAAGAAUGCCGAGGAGGUGGAAAAAAGUUUAGUAUUCAUGCGUGACGUCCAAGUCAAGUGGAUAGGACCUGGCCGUUAUGAGAUUGCCGAACCGAAUACCGUAAAGAAAGAACACGAGGAGCACUGGAGGAUAUUGCGUCUACGCGAAAAGGUGCACUUUAUUCAGAAAAGUGUUAGUUUAAUUUUAACGCUGCCUAAUUUACUGCAAACAGAUAAUAUGAUCACUUGUUGCAAAACUUGUAUACGGUAUAUAAUUAUCAGGAAAAAGCUUUACGCUGCAAUGCAAUACAAUCAAUACAAUCCUUUAUUUACCCACUAUAGACUCGAACAGGGCUUAAAGUUAAAUGCUAUGAUCUGCUACCGCUCAU